AUGAAGUUCUUUUCCUUCGUCAGUGCCUUCACGGCGGUGCUAUCGUAUACAAAUGUCGUAUCUGCACAGUCCGAUCCCGACCCAAUUGGCGCCAUCUAUGAUGGCCCUGUGCCAGCCGACCUAUAUGGAUCCACCUACCCCUACCCUUGGCCGGUGAAGCAGUUCAACUUCUUCAAUCAGCGCCAGAACCUUUCAAUGGCGUUUAUGGACGUACCGGCAAAAGAAAGCCACAAGAAUAAGAAGACAGCGGUCUUGCUACACGGCGGGAACUUCUGUGGCGUCACUUGGUCCGACACCGCGCGCCAGCUGUCGGCUGCCGGGUACCGAGUGAUCCUUCCCGAUGACAUUGGCUUCUGCAAAUCGAGCAAGCCCCAAGGCUAUGCUUACAACGUACACCAGCAAGCUUUGAACAUCCACAGCCUGCUCACUGCGCUGGGCAUCGAUAAAGUCACCGUAAUCGGUCAUUCGAUGGGCGGCAUGAUUGCUGCUCGCUACGGCCUUAUGUACCCAACCAGCGUUCAACAGCUUUUCCUCGUCAAUCCCCUGGGCCUGGAGGACUGGGUAGCCAAGGGUGUGCCCUACCUAUCAGUCGACGCGUCGUACCAGAGCGGGCUUGUACAGAACUUCACCACUCUUAAGGCGUAUGAGCAGGCUAGCUACUUCCACAAUGCCCCCUGGAAGCCAGAGUAUGAUACUUGGGUUCACAUGCUAGCCGACAUCUAUGCUAGUGACUAUGGCUCCGACUAUUCCUACGUGAUGGCCCUCGUCACCGAUGCUUUACUCAGCCAGCCUGUUAUCCACCAGUUCCCUGUCCUGCAGACACGCACCUACCUCCUGGUGGGAGAUAGCGACGUUUCGGCGCUUGGAAAAGCAUGGUCACCCCCUGCCAUCGCUGCAAAACUGGGCCAUUAUGCUGAGCUCGGUCCUGCUGCCGCAGCCAUGAUCCCCAAUUGUACGCUCCAUAUGUUCCCCGGUCUAGGCCAUGCGCCCUUUCUCCAGGACCCCAAGGCGUUCUACAAGGUACUACUUUCUUUCCUGGACUAA